GUUGUCUACCCUUCCACUGUGCCGUUCGAGAUUUUUGUGAUUGUUUAAUCGCUCAACAGUUCAUUGCUUUCCGGAAUCAGCGUUACCUGUGUGUUCAUAAAGUUGCCUUCAACGUCCUCAAGCACAACAAAAGUACGAAAAGAAUGUAUUUACUUACCAGAGCACUUUUUCACCGAAGAACAGCUCGGAAGAUCUGUGGUCUGGCUGUCAUUGGUGUCUAGUCUGUGAUGAACAGAAUGAGAAACUCUCAGUCACCCAAAAUACUGAAUACUGCUCGGUCUGCAAAACAUUCGCUAAAUAUUUUAAAAGAAAGUGUACUCUGUUGUCAACACUGAAUUUAAUUUUACCUUCCCUCUCUACUUAUUUUUGAGGCAAUGUGUGACGAGUCUUGCAAGAAGUGGGAAACUUACACUAGUUGAUGCACUGUUACCUCUAAUCUAACCAUCGAGUUACACCAAACACUCGAAAAUACAAACUUUUGCACAAACGACGAAUUUUAAACAUUUUUGUGAUGGAUGAUCACUGAAACGAAAUCUAGCAAACUGUCGACAUGUAUACCACUCACCAACACCUCGAAGUUGGUUUUUCAAAUCAUGGUCAGGGUUGGAGGCAGAAAUUCGGCUAAUGUGUUACCAUCGACAGCGCAUGCGUCCUUCUAUCUCUUGACGUCAUCGAGGCUAUCACUUCCGGUCCUUUUGUUUUUCUGCUGCAUCAUGAAGGGUGCUUCUGGGUAUGAGUGUGGGGGCUUCGUCUUACUGAAAAACCUGGAGGAUACCCGCACGAUCACCACGCCCGACUACCCGACAAACUACCCCAACUUCACCCGCUGCAUCUGGCUUGUGGAGACGAGUCGCAACCACCUGGUGAGCAUCACAUUCACGCUGGACGUGGAGAAGCACCUAGGUUUCUGCACGGACACUUUGCAGUUUCGAGAUGGUGGUCAAGAUUCUGAGAUUAUCAAGGAAUUCUGCGUCUCUGUGUCCUCAUACACUGUGCGGUCAACAGGACCAUGGAUGUACAUCGCCUUCAAAAGCAAGGGGCCGCGAACUUUUACUGGGUUCACAGGCCAAGUCACCAGCGAGGUGGCAGAAUCGUCUGGAGCGAAUAUUUCACAACCUUACUCAGCAUGCCUGUCAUUCCAGCUCACCUGUUCUAACAAGCUGUGUGUCAGUAUGUCCUAUCGCUGUGACGGUUACUAUGACUGCGGAUGCGGCAAGGGCUGCGAUGAAGACGGCUGCGGCAGUCUGAAUUUAGAUCGAGACACGGUGGUCCUCUCCGGCGUGUGCAUCGGUGCCGUGACGUUCGUGCUGGUGGCGGUGCUGGGUGUGCAGCUGGAGAUGAAGCGCGACUGGGCAAGCCUGAACAAACAGCUUCGCCGCAUUUACAGGACUCCCACGUUAACUUCCAACUUUGGCAAACUCGACAGGUUGUCAAUGCCUGCCUUCCUUCGCAGCCGAAUGUCCACCAGGACCGAGACAACCCCCAGUUCGCGUGACGUCACAUGGCAUCGCUCGCACUAGACUGUGACGUCACCAGUUGACCAGUACUGGUUAACUGCUGAAUUUCACCGCCAUUUGCCAAUGUGGUGAUGAACUGCUCAGCAUCGCCGGAGUUUGCCAGUGCUGUGGUAGAAUGCCGAAUCGAACGAUUGUUUUCAAAGUGCAGUGCAGCGGUGACUGGAGGAGUUUGUGUUGACUGGAGAUGCGGGUUGCACACGUCAGCUCACCAAGCUUCAAGGAUGAGGACAAUGAACAGACGAGUGGGAAACGGAAAAAGAAGUGACAUAGGCUGAGGAGAAAGAGUUCUUCUCAAACGGUGCGCAGUCUAACGACUGCUAAAGUAGUUCAGGGACCUUAUUUUUAAAGAUUGAGUGUCAAGGACUUGACCGUGCGAACUACGUUUGCAUCAGCAGUAACACAGUCCUGACAGAGAUGGAUUGUUUCCCUCUUCUUACAUUUGCCCUGUUGAUACUUCAUUUGCAUUUGUAUUCACGUUGUUGUGUUUUCUCUUCCUUUCCUGGCAAUUCAGAGACCAUAGCGCCCUCGCUGUAGGCAGGAGCUGGAGCUAAUUAAAGGCAAUCAAAGUCGCGAGAGAAAUAAACACUGACAGUUCUGACUUUUUAGUCUGCUAGCGAGACUUGCGUCACGUGUAUCCCCGUAACGUUAAUACAUAUUAUAGGGAUUGAUGCACACGUAUUUUUCUUGUUUAAUGCUUUAACUUCUCGUUCGUGUCUUCGCCGUUGCCUAGUCUCUAAUUUUCUCUAUCUCCAUCAGCAGUCUUAUAAGACUGGUAGUUGUCGUUCUGUGUGGCUUAUGAUAUUGGAGUACAACAGAUUGUUCUGUAACUCAGUCAACAUUAUUUACUUCAUUAGCAUAAUCAUAAUUAAGAUAAAGGAGACAACGAUUAAAUUUCCACAACUGCUUUUCUAUGACCUCGUCAAA